CUCUAUUGUUCUCCUCGUUGUUGAUGCCGUGACGCGUGACAUCAUCCAUCCGCUUAUCCGGCUCAUCACCAUGAUGCGAUCCAGAUCAUGGUCUUGUGAAUGCAGAUAUUCCCCAAUCCAACACUGACAAGAGGGUCAUUUCAAAUCCAUCAUUUCCCAUACCUUUUCUCGCCCGUCAACUCUGUGCCGCAGCCAUGUCCGACGUCCACGUCCCCCUCUGCUUCGCGUCCUGCUCCAUCGGCACACCAAAGCACACGCUCCACCAAAAGAUCGAAGCCAUCGCCCACGCAGGCUUCCAGGCCAUAGAGUUGUCUAUGCCGGACCUCCUCUCUUACGCAACUCUCCAUUUUGGUCGUGACGUGCAAGAGGAUGACUACGAUGCCCUCUGCGAAGCAGGCGAGCACCUCCGUGCUUUGGUGGAGGGCCACAACCUGACCAUCCUGGUGCUGCAACCAUUUGCCAACUUUGAAGGCUGGCCCAAGGAGAGCCGAGAGCGGUACGAAGCGUUCAAAAAGGCGCGAGGAUGGAUACGCAUCAUGUCCGCCGUGGGCACAGACAUGCUGCAAGUGGGAUCCUCCGACUCGCCAGGGAUAUCCUCUUCCUUUGAGGAUCUCGCUGCCGAUCUGCGCGACCUGGCCGAUCUCAUGGCCCCCAAAGGAUACCGCAUCGCGUACGAGAACUGGUGCUGGGCGACCCACGCACCGACCUGGAAAGACGUCUGGGACAUUGUCAAGCUGGUGGACCGCGACAACAUUGGGUUAUGCCUCGACACGUUCCAGACAGCCGGUGGCGAGUGGGGAGAUCCGACGACGGAGACGGGCCGGCUCCCCGAUAUUUCUGAGGAGGCGCUAAAUGAGCGAUACCAGAAAAGCCUGGACAAGCUUACGCAAACGGUGCCUAAAGAAAAGAUCUUCUUCCUGCAAAUCAGCGACGCCAAGAAGAUGAGCCCGGCGCUGAAGGCGGAGAAUGACAAGAACGGACUGAGGCCCCGAGGGCAGUGGAGUCACGACUACCGGCCGUUGCCGCAUGAUGGCGGCUAUCUGCCCAUCGCGCCGUUCGUCAAGGCCGUGUUGGACACGGGGUUUGAAGGGUGGUUCAGCAUGGAGGUCUUUGAUGGCAGCUUUAGUGAGCGCUACGGCAACGAUCUUGCGGGGUAUGCGAAGAAGGCGGCGGAUGCUAAUGCCAGGUUGAUUAAUGAGGCUGUUGGGAAGGGCAAGGGGAAGGCUGCUGUGUGAUUUGCGGUGGGGAUACGCUGGUGGAGUUUCAGCGCUUCAUGUAGGCAGUAUGUGUUCAAUACACUUUAAUACUCAUCUCACUGCC